AUGGCCAGUAAGGGAACGUCGCUGUGGCGCACGGCCGGUGUGUCAUAUCUGCAGUAUGUGAACCAGUCUGCGGGCGUACUACGUGCGGCCUUGAAGGAGCCUGUUAAGAGCACCGUGCAGGCGCGAUCCAACGUCGAGUUUGCCAGCUUCAAGUGGGCCAACGGUGAGCGUGGCGAGCGCGUGAACGUGGACUCGAUCAAGACGAUUGCUGAGGCUUUUAAGAAGGCGUAA